CCACGAAAAUAUCUACAUAUCCAAAGCAAGAGCCCAACUACAACUCAAACUCGAACUCAAACCCGAACUAAAACUCAAACUGGAAGAGUGAAAGAUUUAUAAUACGUAUAUACAUAUAAAUACAUAUAUUUUUUGUGAGCACAAAAUGCCAAGUGACGCAAAUUUUAUAGAGUUUUUAUAAAAAGAACAGCAAGUAGCAGCAACAGCAACAUAUACUAGAACAGGAAUAGUUAAGGAACAUAGACAUUAAUCUGAGCCAGAUUUAGCUGGAGAAUGGCGAUUCGCAAACGCAAGCACAGAAGCCACAUAGCUGCCGACACGCCGACGACAACGGCAGCAGCAACGGCAGCAGCAACAACAACGGCAGCAAUAACUGACAGCAGAGAUGCCAUGCCCACGGCAGAGGCGGUUAGGUACUGGCAGAGUGAAUUACUCUCGAAUGCCAGCGCUAAUAAUUUCACGCAUAAUUUCUUGGAUUUGCAAAAUCUCUUGAAUUUCAAUGAGGCUGCCAGCAACAUCAGCAGCUCCAACAACAGCAGCAGCGGCAAUAUUGUUCUUGCUGCCAACUUGUCGAGCACAUCGAGUGCUAUUAAAUUGACUAACGGCUCCAUUACGGACACUCUUUUGGGCACCAUCUUAACAACGGCAACGGCCACAGUGGCGCCCGCUGCCAGCUCCUUAAUCUCGCGCAUUGCGGCAACAACAACUACAGCAACAGUGGCAGCAGCUGCAGCAGCAACAUCAGCAACAUCAGCAACGGCUGCAACAAGCACUACCCAUUUGGCUUUGGUCAACGAUGCAACCUCAUCCACCUACUAUGCCAGCCUGCUGAACAUGUCGCCGGCUACAACCAGCCUGAUCACAGCCGCUGCUGCCACCAAGUCGUACAACGACAGCAUUCUGCGCUGGGAGCAACUGGACGGAAGUGUGGACUUUGGCUUCGAUCCGCUCUAUCGCCACUCGCUGGCCAUGUCCAUUGUCUACUGUGUGGCCUACAUCGUGGUUUUUGUCGUCGGACUCAUCGGCAACAGCUUUGUCAUCGCCGUCGUCCUCAGAGCUCCUCGUAUGCGCACGGUCACCAACUACUUCAUUGUCAACUUGGCAAUUGCCGACAUCCUGGUCAUUGUGUUCUGCCUGCCCGCCACGCUCAUCGGCAACAUCUUUGUGCCUUGGAUGCUGGGCUGGCUGAUGUGUAAGUUUGUGCCCUACAUACAGGGUGUCUCGGUCGCGGCUUCGGUUUACAGCUUAAUUGCCGUGUCGCUAGACAGGUUCAUUGCCAUCUGGUGGCCAUUGAAGCAGAUGACAAAGCGACGUGCACGCAUCAUGAUAAUCGGCAUUUGGGGCAUCGCAUUGGUUACCACCAUACCGUGGCUGCUGUUCUUCGAUCUGGUGCCUGCUGAGGAGGUCUUCUCGGAUGCACUCGUCUCCAGUUAUACGCAGCCGCAGUAUUUAUGCCAAGAGGUGUGGCCACCGGGUACCGACGGAAAUUUGUAUUUUCUGCUGGCCAACUUGGUGGCCUGCUAUUUGCUGCCCAUGUCCUUGAUAACAUUGUGUUAUGUGCUCAUUUGGAUCAAGGUCUCCACGCGCAGCAUACCUGGCGAACUGUCCAAGGACGCUCAGCUGGACCGCAUGCAGCAGAAGAGCAAGGUGAAGGUCAUCAAAAUGUUGGUGGCCGUCGUCAUAUUGUUUGUAUUAUCCUGGCUGCCGCUCUACGUGAUUUUCGCGCGUAUCAAAUUUGGUUCGGAUAUAUCGCAGGAGGAGUUCGAGAUACUGAAGAAGGUAAUGCCACUCGCUCAAUGGCUAGGAUCCUCCAACAGCUGCAUCAAUCCCAUACUCUAUUCCGUGAACAAAAAAUAUAGACGGGGGUUUGCGGCGAUCAUUAAGUCCCGCAGCUGCUGCGGAAGACUCAGAUACUAUGACAAUGUGGCCAUAGCCUCAUCCACUACGAGCACUCGCAAGUCCUCGCAUUACCAUCCGCAUGGCUCACGCAAGAGUCCCAGCAGUCCGGGCUUGAGGAAGACAAAUGCCGUCUCCUACAUUUAUGAGCACAACUCGCUGCGCCGCCAUAAUCUGAUGAUGAAGCAGGACAGCAAUUUGUCACAGCAGAUGCUGCUCAAGCAGGAUUCGCAUGGCUCUCGCCAGUUUCUCAUUAAACAAGAGAGCUCUUGUAGCGAUGCCUCCGGUAAUCGGCGCCUACUCUGCCAGCAGGACAGUAAUGGUAGCAAGGUCUCGCUCUCAAAACAGGACUCAAUUGUUUCGUACAUGGAGGCGCGUCGCGCUCAGGAACGUUCUGUGGACUCCGCACUGACUCAACAGGACACAAUUUCCAUUGAUUCCCGUCGAUGUGGCAUAGGUGGCAUCGGGGGCAUCGGUGGCAUUGGUGGAAUCGGUGGCCUCGGUGGCACAGCGGCCUCAUCCUCAUUGGUGGAUAAGCGACAGAAGUUCGUCAAACAGGAUUCGGUGAUUAGCUUUGUGGACCAACGACCAGAGCCGCGCCGUCAUCAGUUGGUCAAACAAGACUCGGUUAUCUCGUUCGCCGACCAGCGACGUGGCCUGCUCCACAAGCAGGACUCCCUUAUGACCAAUCGAUCGGGAGACGCACCCACACAUCAUGUCUCCAUACUAAAAAAGACCGACUCGCAGCUUAGCUAUGGCACCUGCUCGCCCCGACGCAACGUGGAACUCUAUGAGUAGGAAGCAGAAAAAUAAACAACUACGCACCCACUCACACAUAACUCACCUACACAUACUCAUAAAUAUAUAUUAUAUAAGCUAUCAACAGUAAAAAUUAGAAAGCGGAGAAUAGAUGGCAAAGCAGUAGAAGGAACGGAUAGAGAGCGAGGGAGCAGGAAGAGGGACUGUGAUAGAAGUCGAAGGCGUGAGCUGAGGCGAAGGGCAUGAGUUGGACCAAUUUGUUAACAGGAUGAGCGGGGAUAGCUAAACAUAAAUACAUUGUAAACAAGCUGAGAAAGCGCAGACAACUUAGGUUAGACAAAGUUUGAAUACCCUUGCAGAAAUGAAAAGAUAUAUAUAAAGAUAUAUCAAUUUAAUGCAGAUAUGGUUUCGCAAUAUUUUAGAAAAAUGGCAAAAGAAAUUGAUCAAAGUUCACUAUCAAUAGAUUGUUUUCAUCGGAUGUAAUAAAGAUACAAUGUACUCACGCGAUCUGCAAAUCAGAGAAUCAAGUCGGAGUGUUUAAGAGAGUAAUUGUUCCUAUGGCAGUUCUGUCUAUAUAAAUAUAUAUACAGAUGAUAAGAAACACAUGAUAAGACCCCCUGCAAGGGUAUAACAUACAUCCGGGCGGGCUCCCUUAGUCAGGCAAACAUACCAAAGAGAAUGUGCAAAAGAUAGAAAAGGAGGAAGUGAGGGAGUUAUACGCAAUGCACCUAAACUAAAAUAGUUAUUAGAUGUUUUAUACGUGUUCCAAUAGUUCUAUAUACACAAACACACUCACAUCAGUACAUUAGAAAAUAAAUAAUAUACUA